AUGGGGGACGACGACGUCGCCCCCCACGAUGGCGGCCUCCCCGCGGUCCACUGCGGGGAGGAGAUCGACCCGGAGACGGCAGCGCUCUAUGCUCCGCGGAGCGACUACAUCGACGCGGUGCAGCGCGACGGCAUGAGCGAGGCGUGGCGGACGAAGAUCAUGGCGUGGUUCGGCCAGCUCGGAGACUCCUUCAAGCUCAAGCGCGAGACCCUGAGCAGCGCGACGAACUAUCUCGACCGGCUCGCGUCCAUCGCGUCCAUCUUCCUCGCGAGCAAGAUCGAGGAGACGCGGCCGUUCCGGACGUCGGACUUCGUGACGCUGAGCGACGGCCUCUUCAGCGCGAGCGACCUGCGGCUGAUGGAGCUCGAGCUGCUCUGCACGCUCAAGUGGCACCUGAACCCGCCGACGGUGCACGCGUCGAUCCACAACCUGCUCGUGCUCUUCGGCGGCCGCGCGGACGCGCGCGGCGUCGGGACGCGCGCGCUGCGCUACGCGGACCUCGUGCGCGGCGACGUGGCCUUCCUCCAGUACCCGCCGUCCAUGAUUGCCGUGGCUUCCGUCAUCUGCGCGCUCAAGCAGAUGGGCGCGGCCGUGGGGCUCGUGUCGGACUGGAUGGUCCGCGUCCACGACUGCCACCUGCCCUACACGGACCGCCCGGACGCGGCGCAGCUCAUCACGGAGUGCGGCCUCAAGCUCAUCGCGCUGGACGGCGACGGGCCCCUGGGCGGCGGCGCCGACGACGCCGCGUGGCCCGACGACCGGUCCGCGUGCGACGGCGACGGCGACGGCGUCGACGGCGAGGUCGAGCGCGCGACCUCCGGCGGCGCGCCCCUCGUCGCGGCGCACGCCUCCGACGACGAGGGCGACGAGGGCACGGACGCGAGCGACAUGGACCGCACGUCGCCGAACAACGUCAUGGACGUCGACCAGAUCGAGGCCUUCGCGCAGGAGCCCCUCUUCGGUCCCAAGCGCUGA